AAGCGGUUACGGCCACCGCGAUUGACACGAGAGCUAAAAGCCAGUAAGGCUGGUUUGAGGCGGUACCACUUCCAAAGCAAACUCGAGGAGCAGCAAUCUUUGAAAAGCACCAGGCAACCAGCAACCGGCGAGCCAAUUCCGAAGUCGAAGAAGACACGAAGAUCGCCUUCCAACCCAACACCCACCGCCACCGCAAAGCAAGGAGCCGUCUCUAUCGCCUCUGACAGGAAGGAUGACAGAAGGUAUUGCACAAGGCCCACCGUUAUCUCCACCAAGUUUCCCACCUCCCAAAGUACUGGAUGGGCAACGAACUGCUGAACAUGUGGAGGUCCCGGAUUCCACAAAUAAUUCGUCUGGUCCUUUGGAGAUGAGUUGGAGGACAGCAGCUGCAGACGAGGACAUGGAGGCGAGUUGGAAGGAGGCGUCUGCGGGUGCCCUGGUAGAAAACAACCCCAGCAAGUUGCGACGGGCAUCUAGUAUUGCAGGCAAUGUUUUGGUAGCAGAGACGGAGGAAGGCAAAAAAGCUUUCUGGAUGCAGCGCAAGCUCACAGAAGAAACCCACAGUCGCAACUAUGUGAGAGUAGGGUUUCCACUGAAGCCAGCUUUAAUCGAAGACGAAGAAAUGCUGGGGGCAUGGACUGUAAAAAGGACUGAAGGCGGCCAGUAUCCCUUUGAGAUGGCGGCCAUCAAGGUUCAACCACACGCCAAAGUGUUCCCAGAUGAUGAUGAUGAGGACGAGGAAGGAGCGAACGGGGACGAAAAACAAAAAGAAGUCAGCAAAAUUUCCCUAAUGAGAAAUCCUAAGAACGAAAUAUCCGCAUUGCAAAUGAUCAAGGCUGCGGAUCCUGAUGGUACUGGACAUGUACUUGGGGCAGAGUAUGUUGUCACUGAUGAUGUGAUGGUUUACAUAAUCAUGCCAUACUGCAAGGAGGGAAGUCUGUUGGACAAAAUGGGUGCCAGCGGGAGGAAUGGAAGACUCGAAGAAGCCGAAGCAUGCAAAUUCUUUUGUGACAUCGUCAAGGGAUUGGCAACCUUGCAAAAAGUGGGUCUUUGCCACCGCAAUCUUAGUCUCGAGAGGAUGUUGAUCCGCGGUGAACACUGCCAUAUCUCGAGUCUUGGUUGGUGCGUGAGAAUCCCUACAUCGGAGGAUGGUAGUGUCAGGCAUUUGAUAGAACCCAGCUGGGGCUGUGGGAAGCAACCAGAGUAUGUGGCUCCUGAGCUCUUUCUAAAUCAACCAUUUGAUGGAUUUGCUGUGGAUAUAUGGGCUGCUGGGGUGAUGCUCUACCUGUUGCUUUUUGGAGGUGACAUGCUGUUUGCAGCUCCAAUCCCAGAGGAUCCAAAGUUCCAGGAAAUGUGUGUGCGUGGCAAUUUAAAGUCAGUGGUAGACAAGUUCCAAGCAUUGAUCCCGAGUGAGAAACCUGUCAGUGAGGAAGCAAUUGAUUUGGUGCAGAACAUGCUUUUGGCAGACCCUGCAAAGCGACUGACACUCUCCCAGAUCCAGGAUCACCCGUGGGUGAAGGGUGGGGCAUAGGAUAUCAAUGGUGAAGCCUUACGGACUAUUUGAAACGGUGAUGGCCUUGCGUACUCGACUCUUUAGAAACGUAGAACGUGAUGACGAAGUUGUAAGAAAAUGUGGGUUGCAGUCUUGCCGCUCUUCGUUAGGUUGGCCGCUCUCGAAAAACCGUUAGCCAACAGCGUGCUCUACGUAGCUAUGCAUAGCUAGCCAGCUCGCCCUGUGAAUACCGACAGGUUGCUGAAGGGUGGGAAGGAAGGAACAGUUGCCUACCCUUUAGAAGCGUUUGUGAUCGAUCCGCCAUCGCAGGUCAUCCCAAGGACAACGUGAAAUGGGAGACACGUUUAGCUAAGUCUUCUCUCAUGCUGGCUGGGUCGUAGUACAGUUUGGUACCUACCUAACGGGAUGGUAGGGUUAGGGUUAGAGUUAGGCGGGAACUUUCGAGCCAAACCGCCAUUUUCAAAGCUCAAGCUUCGUCGCUUUGACCUUUGAGAAGACAGGAGAGACUUGUCACAGCUUCAUAUUAUUUGAGCUGCAGGACGCUAUGGC